UUUUAGUUCCUCAAAUUUAAGAGGAAAAAGUCUUGAAUGCCAGCAGUUCUUCAGAUCUUCGUCCUUGGGUAGGGGGCUCCCGUCAUCUUUAUAGACACAUGACAAAGGUUAAUAACUAAUGCCGGUUAAUAACUAUGCAGUCUGUAAACACCAUAACGGUAUAUUAGAAUAAUGUUUACGGCUUGUUUUGCACCACGCCAUCAAGAUAAUAUUUACAUCAGCUUUCAAAGAGGUUUUCUCCACUAAAGGCCAGCGGUACGACCAUGAAAAGUAGCAAGCUAGGAUUUUCUUGUGCGGCAGCGAUAAGCAAUUUGGUUACAAUGAUAGCGAGAUGAGAUGGACCAUAAGACGAUAGCUAGCAACUCUCCUCGUCCUUUCCUUGAAUAAACCUUGAUAGCAGGUCACUGGUCAUCAUGGUCGUCUCCACCACAGAACCUCCUCCUACUGAGUCUGCUGCUGUUCAGGAAGGCCUUCGCGUCUUCAAACUUGUCAUGUACAUUACGAUCUUCAUAGUUAGCGUCCUGGCGAACACCUUUAUGCUCUUAACGCUGUGGAGAAAGUUUCGCCGUCACAGAAAAACUGCCAAGAGUUUUAUUAUACUGAUGCAGAACCUUGGCAUGUCUGGCCUCGUUCUGGUGGUGGCCUCGAUUCCAUUUGAUGCAGUGUCGCAAGACUCCGACAAGUGGCCUUUUGGAGCCGGGGGCUGUAAGAUUCUUUAUCCGUUACAGACGGUUGCGUUACAGGCUAUGGUGUUCACGUAUGUGGCUCUGGCUUAUCAUCGAUGGUAUGGCGUGUCAAGAAACCUGUUUGGUCAAAUGAAGUUCAUCCUUGCAGUCGUACUCACAUUCGUGAUUUGGAUCACCAGCAUCAUCACAGUCGUCCCUUAUGUCCUGAUCUUGGAUUACAACUACAUUAACAAAACAUGUGACGAGUAUUGGAGCUCGGAUGGAAGCCGCCAAGCUUACACCAUCUCUCUGUUUCUAUUGGAUUACGCCCUUCCACUUAUCGCUUUGUUCGUCAUCUACGUGAUGGUCUGGGGACGUCUUCAAAGUUAUAGGGUCCUGGAUCCUGAACGCGCCGCCCGGCGAGAACGUCACCACAGAAUCAUCCGGAUGAUGGUAGCCCACGUCAUCGUGUUCGCCGUCUUUUUACUCCCUCAUCAGAUCAUGUGGCUCAUCUUGGAUUUCGCAAAUGGCGAAAAGAAACUUUACUUCCGAGACGUAUUUAACAUCGUGUACAUCUUCACGUAUGCAAUAACGAUCAUAAAUCCCAUUUUGUUCUUCAUCUACAACCCGGAAUUCAAACGUCAUUUGUUGCACUACCUCAAAUGCCAGUGCCUCGUGAAAAGAGAGUUGUUUAGUGUGGAGAAUUUGUCCGAGUCGUUUUCGGAAGAGUUCGACCCAAAGAGCCGACGUCCGAAUGGGUACCGAGCGUCCAUGCCGCCGAAAUACGAGAUGAAUGAAGUGCCAAAGGAGAACAACUAUGGAUCGACGCCCACUAUACACACAGAUGGGGCAACUUUGCCUCGUUAUGAUUCUGGCCUUGGGUUGGUCGAGGCUGGAUUGUUUCCGUCGGCAGUGGAUCGACUACGUACCGCGGGGAAAAAUAAGGAAUCUACCCCGUCUACCUCUCCCCCGGGAUCAGAUGUGGUCAGUUACACGGACAGGAAAGAUUCGGUCACUUACACGGACAGGAAAGACUCCCUUGACCGAGGGGGUGAGUGGCUGUAAGUUGACAACUGAAUAUUGUUACAUAUAAAGGGUAAAAUAUCAGCUUAAGGAGACAAUAUUAGAGAUUUAAGAAAACCACGACGGCAACGGCAACGAGAACGUCGCUAAACAAAAGGUUUAAUGAGCAGAACAAUGGUUGUGCACGUGCGUAAUGAAUCUUCGUGAAUUUCUUUGCGUUCUCUGCAAAACAACAACGUGAAAUGACUAAACUUUGCGUUGUCUAGAAAACGUGAUCUAGGACGGCUCAUUUUUUAUAUUUCAAUUUCUAAUUGAACGCUGUGUACCUUAGUGUUGAGAUAGUUUUGACAGUGAAAAACAAGCUACAUGACUUAAGUGUAUCGCGAGAUUGAUAGGUAAAAUAUGUUAUUUUUUAACCGACGUUGUCCACGACGUCGCCGUCGUCAUUUUCUUAAACUCCCGAAUACAAUGCGAUAAACUUUCAAACUAGCACAAGGUGGCUUUGUACAAAUAACCUGAACAUUGAAUAUCUCGCUUUCGGAAUUGCGUUUGUCGCCCGGGUUACAUUUUUUAAAAAUUCCUUAUACCAAAUCCAGGGAUCUCUUUCAAUGUGCAUUUAGAAAACUUGGUGUUACAAACAUACUUUAUUGUUAAUAAUAUUGACUAUAGACCUUAUUAUGACUUCACAAUGACUGCACUGAUGUACCUAUAUAGAUUUUGUGGGAUAGAGUUCGUCAACUAAAAUUGCUUUUAGGGGUUAAAUAGAAACAUUUUUAGGUAGAUGUCACAUAGCUCGGAAAAAGUUUCUUCAAAUUAGGCUUUAUUUAUUACAAAUCUUUAACAAAUUAAAGCGUAAUAUACACAAGAUAUUUACGUGCGCAUGCUUUGCACGAGCCAUGCAGAGUUCUUCAAAACAGCUGAAAGUUGUAAGGGGCCGACCAUUUCUCUUUUGAAGG